AUAGGGUUACAAUAUUUACAUCCUGGAGGAGUUCCAGCGCAUUCAAAACAAUUAAAUUUGCAAGAGCCACAAAUAGCGGUGCAUACAUUGCUACAUUCGCCAGUGCACGAUUGGACCGAAGUGCAAUGA